AUGAAGGGGAUCAUGAAACCCAGAGUUUGUAGAAGAAAGGAGUUUGCUGCCAUUUUUCUCUUUCUGACUAUCUUUGUCGUCAUCCUUCUGCUACGUAACACAGACGUUCUGAAGUUUCACUAUAAAGUGAACUCCACCAUCAUCGUCCAAAAAGUCUCCACUGAGCCUGACACGCAUCACAGCUUCUGCACCUUCCAGCCACGAUCACCUGAGGAUGCUCUGGAGGAACGUCUCCUACUAGACUCCAUUGCUUGGCCUGAAGCUCCGCCUCUGUCAGAUCCUCUUUCCCUGAAUCAGACCAGUGAUCCAGCUCACAGCACCUUCACCAUUCUCCCAAGGAGGACAGGAGGACAGUGGCAUGUCGGCAAUCAGCUGGAGAUUAUUAUCAAAAUGUCUGAUUUCCAGGGCCAUCCCAAGAAGUCUGGGGGAGACUUCUUACUCGCCCGCCUGCACAAUCAGAAGCUUGGUGCAGGUGUGGUUGGGCAGGUGGUGGAUCAUCUCAAUGGCAGCUACUCUGCUGUUUUCUCUUUACUCUGGGAAGGAGACGCACAGGUUGAGGUGAUGCUGGUUCACUCUAGUGAGGCUAUUCAAGUGGUGAAGAGACUGAACAAUGAUCAGCCUGACAGGAUUAUGUUCAAGAGUGUCUUCCGCUCAGGCUCACUUUCUGAAACUACUUUCUGUAACAUGUGCCUACGUCCAACCAAGCAGCCGCUGUGCAACUACACUGACCUCCGUACAGGCGAACCUUGGUUCUGUCACAAGCCAAAAAAGUUAAGCUGUGAUGCCAGGAUCACCCACUUUUUUGGCUAUUUUAAAAAAAACAUUCGGGCCAAUGAGGAUAAACUCAUUCAAAGUGGUGUUAACAUGAAAGUCUCAAUUCUGGUUUUGGGACCUGCCAAUGUCACUGUACUGCCAAAAAAAGAAGAUCAAUCAAAGGUACAGAGCAGCGUUGUGUCAUCUGGACCCUCUGGCUAUUACUACCAGGGUGUGUGGCGAGCACUAGGUGGCACCAAAGUUCACCAGUUCAACAGCGCCUCUGUUAUCAGUCAGUGCCUGAAAGGCAAAGUGGUCCACAUGUAUGGAGACUCCACCAUCAGGCAGUGGUUUGAAUACCUCAACGCACAACUACCAGAUCUUAAGGAGUUUAACCUGCACAGCCCAAAACAAGUUGGACCUUUCAUGGCCUUAGACUAUGCAAACAACAUCUUGGUGACGUAUCGCUGUCAUGGUCCUCCGAUACGCUUUUCCCAAGUCCCAACCGGUCAGCUUCGUUAUAUUGCCAAUGAACUGGAUGUUGUAACUGGAGGCACCAACACUGUCGUCGUUCUUGGCAUCUGGUCUCACUUCAGCACUUUCCCCAUGGAGAUCUACAUCCGGCGGCUGCAGACCAUCCGCAGGGCGGUGGUGCGGCUGCUGGACAGGUCUCCAGGUACGCUGGUCAUCAUCCGGACGGCGAACCCCAAAGCUUUGGGUCUUUAUGAGACGUUAACCAACAGUGACUGGUACUCGCUGCAGCGUGAUAAGGUGCUCAGAGCCAUGUUCAAAGGACUGAAUGUUCAUCUGAUCGAUGCCUGGGAGAUGGUCCUGGCCCACCACCUACCUCACAGCCUCCACCCACAACCUCCCAUUAUUAAGAAUAUGAUUGACGUUCUCUUGUCCAACGUGUGCCCUCAAAAGGGGGGCUAGGGUUUGGGUUUGUUGGGGGAGAGGAACAGAAUCUGCCUACCAGUACCUAUAACACUUACAUGGUAGAUCUUGUUGUCUUUGGGAAGGUCUUUCCUUUUCUUAACAAAAUGUUAUUUCAUGAAUAUCACAAGAUAUGAAUGGAUGGUAGGAAAAGAGUUAUGCUUUUGGAUGUAGGUUAGUGUAAAGUCGGGACUUUUUUGUAUUUGUUUAUAUACUGUCAGGUGUAAGUUGCAAAUA